ACAACUCGUACUUCUUGCUCUCGUUCUCUGCAAUCUCGCCAUCACGAAAUCCACUUUCAGCCAAACCUACACUCAUGCUUCACCAAAUUAGUUGAGGAUAUUAGAGUUUCAUCUUGUCCUGAAAGUUGAAAUUGUUAAAUUUCUGGUUUCUACCUUAUCAAAAAUUAAAAUUAAAAUAAAUUUGACGAAGACAAAUUUAUAUCCCAAUAAGAACAAUCAAGCCUCCAGUUUAGUCCGAAUCUCGGACAGUUUUGUUGGGUGGUUGGUAAAAAAAAGUGGAGAAAGUUUUCGGCUAGUGGUCAGUCUGCUUUCACUCGCUCGACUGGAAAACCCAAUAAUAAAUUGUGUGGAAUAAUUUAAAUCAAUAUGCACUGUUUUUUUCAACUGAGGAGUUCCUAACUUUGUGAAUAAGUGAGUUGAAUAUAAAUUCUGAAAGGUGUGUGAUAUGAAUAUUACCGUUAUAUAUUUUUUUACUAUGGGGCACCCUGGAAUUAACUGUAAUUCAUAAAAAUAAAUUAAAAUCGUUUUCACAAAUUAAAUUUUAAUUACGAAGUCGAUCACGUAAUUUACUAUUUUCUCGUGACGGAUGCCACUCAUUCUUCUGGGGAACGAAAGUGUUCAAUCUGCCAGAAAAUUUUUAAUCGUCGGGUUUCUGUAGAAUUAUAACCGACGUCCACGCUGUUCUAAUGUACGAAGCUAUAUUCGUAUUUUUCACGAUUUUUAAUUCCACUUGCAGGACUUGAAUAUGUUUUAUAAGUGACGUUUGAUUUAGUCGAGGCAGAGUGUGCAAAAAGGCGCCUUUUUGGGAAAAAAUUCAUGCCUUUUUGCCGUUUUGCCCGUUUCAAUGCCGAAUUGCCUUUUUGUGUGCCUUUUUGCCCGUUUGAUGCCUUUUUGCCGUUUUCCGUAUGUUUCCAUUGGGUAUUGCCUGAACCAUUGACAAAUUUUUCUAUGGACAAGAAAGAGUGAAAACAAUGUAAUUCGCUUUGCAUUUCGGUUUUUCUAAAACGUUACCAACCUUACACUUAUACAUAGCUACUCCAUAACAUUAUUUCCCUACGCACGUAUGACAAUUAAGAGUACUUGUGAGUAUUUGUACACCUCAAGACGUGCAUACAUUUUUUAGUGGUGUACAGAUAUGUAGAUGAUAAUCUGCAUAUGUAUAUGUACAUCUACAUAUAUAGAUAGAUGAUAAUUCAAAUCGGCUUAAUAUCUUAAUUGUUCACACAUCGACAAAUCCUGUGAACUGUGAAAGAUUGCAACGAACAAAUCAUGGGAUCGUAUUAUCACAUUGCCCCGAUUUAACCAAAGAGGCAUUUCGGGCAAUCGGGCAUGGCCAAAAUUCACGUGCCUAAUAGGCAAAAAGGAAUUUUAGGCACCGCAUGCCUUUUUGCCCUUGCACACUCUGAGUCGAGGCGAGGCAGCAUCUGUUUAAUACUAAUUCUAAAAUUAAAUCGUGCUAGCUUCCUUAAAAUAAAUAAUGCUAUUUAAAAAUGUGUGUGCCAAUGUUCUCUGUGUUUCGAGCAGAUUUUAUUGUUUAACUACAAAAAAUAGUGAAGAAAAAGUUGAAAAUCACUACACAGCUUUUUAUCGGAUCAACAAGUGCGUCAAAAAUACCAAAUAUCUUUCUAUUUGUGUACAGUUCCGUUGUGCAGUUUUUUUCCUGAUAUUACUAAAACGUAAUGUUACGUCAAUUUUAGCUAUGCAAGGAAACGUGUAAAAAUUAGCAAGUUAAAUGGUGAAACCAACGCUCGAAGUGAAAGGGAAAACCGAUACAAAACGGUUAAUUCGAAAUUUCAAGUACAACUCAAACCUGGGGAAGAAUAUUUUUUAUGGAACGCUUCUCUUUCUCGAGCUUACUCUUUGUCAAGCCUGGACUUUAUCCCUGGAUGAGAGUGGGCCCCGUUUUUUGGACGAGUGGAGCUCUUCGUACGCUUUCAGUAGCAGAUUGGGUGGGAGUUUGCGCUGUGGGGGGCACGGGUCGCCACACCCGCGGGUCGAGUGGGUCUCCCGGGAUGGAUUUCCCAUCGGAAACGUCACCGGGUUGAGAGAGGUGCUGCCAACCGGAAAUAUACGCUUUCUCCCCUUUCCCAUUGACAAGUUCCGACCCGACGUUCACUUUGCGACGCUUCGGUGCAAACUCAGUAAUCCGUCGGGAACAAUCAUCAGUCCGGAAGUCGUGGUUCGUGCAGUGCUGGACACCCCGUUCCACAUCGAAAAUCCGGACGUAGUCGUGAUCCGGGGAAACAAUGCCCUUUUACGCUGUCUCGCGCCUCCUGAGCUUGUGGACUAUAUCACAGUGACUUCCUGGGUGCAAGAUGGAUCACUCAACAUUUAUCCUAACUUCCAGACAGGCAAAUGGCUCCUGCUGCCGUCUGGAGAGUUGCACGUGUUCAGCGUGGACGAGUCUGACGGGCGAAAGGUGUGGGCGUGCCGAACCCUGCACAAACUGACGAACGAGGUCAAGACGAGUGAAGGGGCGAGAAUUGUUGUGAAAGAACCUGAGGAACCACAAGCGGUGCGAAUAUUGGGGCAAAGGGAGACAAAUUUACGCGUUCGCGCCGGUGAAGAAACGUACCUAUCCUGUCACGCGGAGGGAAACCCGCCACCAUCUUUUUCGUGGUAUCGAGAAAUUGAGGGUGUUUUAUCCGACCUUCCUCCCACGUUGAAAAGGCCGCCGACUUCGUCUUCCUCGCCGCAGAAUAGUGUGGUGCACGUGGCGCAAGUGCGGCCCCAGGACGCGGGCUCCUACCUCUGCCGCGCUAACAAUUCCCACUCCGUCGACCAAGCCGUCGUUCAACUCGUCGUUUAUGUUCCUCUCCGUGUGCAAGUAUCUCCUUUGACGCAAAUUGUGGACGUGGGGCGAUCCGCUUCGCUUCGAUGUCUCGUUUCCGGUUCGCCGAUCCAUUCCGUCGUCUGGCUCAAGGACGGCGUGCCCCACGCCGAGCUGGAAAACGGGCCCAGCUCCUCCCCCAGAUUCCAAGUGGGGCCGCGCGAAGUCUUGAAAUUGGUGGGUGUUCAGCCCGACGACGCGGGGAUGUACCAGUGCCUCGCCUCCAAUGACUUCACGACGGGGCAGGACUCCUCCCAGAUACGAUUAGGAUCCGUCCUGCCCGAGCUGGUGUAUCGCUUUUCUGAACAAACGAUCCAGCCGGGUCACUCCGUAUCGCUGAAAUGCACCGCCGUCGGAAAUCCACCCCCGCAAUUCACAUGGACUUUGGACGGCUUCACACUCCCGGAAAGUGAAAGAUUUUUGGUCGGCCAGUACGUCACGAUUCAUGACCACGUGAUCUCCCACGUGAACAUAACGCAGGCCCGGGACGAGGACGGCGGGCUGUACGCGUGCCAGGCCAGAAACGCCAUGGGCAUCGCCCUCCAUACUGGAAGACUCAACAUUUAUGGUCCACCUUUCGUCCGACCGGUUCCUCCGAUAAAGGGCGUGGCUGGGAAGAAUUUGCAAAUCCAGUGCCCCGUCUCAGGAUAUCCGAUCGAGAGCAUUUCUUGGGAGAGAGGCGGAAGUCUUCUGCCCGUGACGAGAAUGCAGCGCGUCUACCUGAACGGCACCCUGAUUUUGGAGCACCUUCAGAAAGCGGACGAAGGGAUUCUCACCUGCCACGCGAAAGGCCGACAGGGACAAAUUUCCUCCAGAGACAUUCACCUCCGCGUUGUCGUUCCGCCGAAGCUGAUGCCGUUCCAGUUCCUGAACACGAUUUUGCGGGAAGGAAUGCGGGCGGCGGUUUCCUGCCAACUGCUCGAGGGCGAUCGACCCAUCGAUCUCGUCUGGGAAUUCGAGGGGAAACCAAUCUCGGGAGGAGUGGCCAAUGGCAUUACUAUUCGAGUUCCGGACGAGUAUUCCUCAACUUUGGUGAUCGACUCCCUUUCUUCCGUGCAUAACGGGAAAUAUACCUGCAUCGCGGAAAAUUCAGCGGGACGAGAACACUAUUCUUCCGAGCUUACGGUUCAAAUUCCGCCGAAGUGGAUUUUGGAGCCGAGAGACGUCAACGUUUCGGCCGGACACUCGCUUUCACUUCAGUGCCGAGCUGAGGGCCAUCCCACCCCCUCAAUCACGUGGAAAAGGGCCACUGCAGGCAUGCAGCCGGGCGACUACAAGGACAUCCUUUCUCCCACCGGAAGCUCGUCCCCCUUCGCCAACGGCACCAUCAGAUUCGACCAAGUCCGAAAAUCGGACGAGGGGAAUUAUCUGUGCGAGGCGAGAAACGACGUGGGCUCCGGCCUCUCCAAAGUCAUCUUCCUCAAAGUUAACGCACCUGCCAAAUGUAAUCCGGAUGAGCAAGCAGUAAACGCCGUGAUUUCCGUGCGAGUCGGGGAGAAAGCGAUUCUUGGUUGCCGAGUCGGUGGCGACCUUCCAAUUCUGAUCGAAUGGGGCAACAAACACGGCAAAAUUGGGGCUCAUUCGAAUCACAGGUACACAUUUCGCCAGCAAGAGUUGGAGGAUGGGAUCUUAUCCGAAUUGCUGAUAGCCUCCGUUGACCGGAGCGAUUCUGGUGCUUAUUCAUGCCGAGCUUCCAACCCUUUCGGUUCCGAUCAUACCAUCGUCACGCUCAACGUGCAAGAGCCUCCGGAGCAGCCGGGUAAUUUACGGGUGGUUGAGGUGGGGAGUCGUUCGGUGGGAUUUCCUGGCUGGAAAACUUCAACGGGAACAGUCCCCUCAUCAACUUCAUCAUUCAGAGCAAGUUCCCCUCAGAAACCUGGACAGAAGCCGAAGUCGAAGAACUUGCCGUUCCCGCCACCCAAUCCACCGCGCUGGUCGAAGGCCUAACCCCUUCGUCGACUUAUCAUCUCCGCGUCCUCGCCCAAAACGGGGUCGGCUUCAG